AUGUUUGAGGUCGACUGGAAGGAUUACGAUUGCGAGCGAGUUGGCGAACGUCGCGCAAGGAAGGAGAUCGAACGGGAACAAAAGAGGAAAGAAGGAGCUAAAAGCGGUCACCAGACUGAUUCGACCACCUCGAGCAGGGCGCUGGGUUCAAAGGAUCAGCGCCAUCGCAAUUUCUUUGGGAGCAUUGGCAGGAGUAAAACAGUCAUCCCAUCCAGAAGCCACAAACGAGAGUCGGUCACACCCGAGCAACAGGCGACAAAGGCGAAUGGACAACUCAGGGGUGGCUCCAAGCGAUUUUCUGGGUCCUCGAUGGCUUCCUCAAUCUUGCGCAAAGGAAACGCUCCGGCGCGAUCCGUAAACAACAAGUUGCAGAACGUCGAACCCUCAGCAAUCUUGAAAGGCGCCUCCAAUAUUGCGGAACCCACUUCGCCAGACACCCCGGAUCGGUGGAUGACCCAACUAACUAUUCCGACGCCGGAGUCACGAGAUGACGGAUCGAUGGCAGAGGCGGCUGGUGCCAUCGAGGUGGUUCAGCUGCUUGAUAGAAAAGGCGCCACUGUGAACGAGGUUGCCGGGGCAGCCUACAGGCAUGACAAGGCCAGCUAUUCUUCUUCAUACCCUGAGACGGGAGUCGCAACGAACAUUGCCGCCACACCACGGACCCCGAAAACACCAAUCACACCAAGUUUGCUGCGGCCCAAAGCUCACGCCCCCUCGCCUCUCGAGAAUAACAACUCUGCAUCCAGGCUCAUCAGUAACUGGUUUACAGCCUUGUAUGCUCCGAAUCGACCGCAAACUGAACCGAUAACCAACGAGACCAACCGGAGAGAAACCGUUCUCUCGCCCCCCAACGUCGCCCACCAAAUGCCACAGACGCCAACCCGGCGGUCGGCGAAGAGGACGGGCGUUUAUCGAGCGCCUAACCCUUCGCCCAUACGUUUCUCGGCUGAGAACCCCAAUAGCUGGAGGGCUUUCGGCGAGUGGGACCGCGUAGGGUCUUCCACCGCCGCUCAAGGCCCGGCGCCUGCUGGCGAUGGCGAAGGCCGCCCACAAGACGAGGAGAUAUUACGCUUGAUGGCUGACGAUUUAAGGUCUAUACACUUCCAUGAAGAGGAAGCGGUUCCUGAAGAGAGAACAGUUUGA